AUGCUUCGACAUCCUCGUGAUAGUGUCCUCAUACACUCCAACACUCGUACAUUAGCCAUUACUGUAGUCGCCACGAAGACUCAAGAGCAAAUCGAGCUCAUCAAUACCGUUCUUCCCAACGUGUGCGCCAAUGACAAGCCAGUCUACGAGAACAUGCUGCUGGAGCUGUACCAGAGGCUAUCAGAUGAGCAGCGGCAAAGCGAAGCCGAUGCUGAAGCGCCAGCGAAACGUGUUCGACAGGCUGGCUGCCCUAAGCCAAAACGUCGCAAAACGAUAAAAAUCUUUGAAGACGAGAAAGAAGACGAUGACAACUAUAAGAUGUCCGGUGUUGUCUCUGUCGCACCGCCAACUUCACCAAAGGGCAAGGAGAACGAGGGCCGCACUACGCCAAAGAGAGAAACUACCUAG